AUGCCGCUGACACAGCCCCUGCGGUGCAGGCUUCGUCCCUCCCUCCACUCUCUCCUUAGGGUUUCCAGUCUCCGUGGAUCUGCUCAGCGGCGCGUUCUCACCUCCCAUCCCUCUAUUAAAGCCUGUUUCUUCGUCCAUGCCCGACCUCGUUCCAUCCGCUCUUUAACACCUCUCGCCAUGUCACAAAUUAGGGGCCAUGCGAGCCACGGCCACGGCCACGGCCACCACCACCACCACCAUCACGACAAUGUAUAUCUGACUUCGACCAACAAACGUGACGCCGGCGUUCGUAUUACCCGAAUUGGCCUGGCCGCCAACCUAUGCAUGGCCAUUGGCAAGUUUAUCGGCGGCUACGUCUUUCAUUCACAGGCUCUGAUCGCCGACGCCUACCACGCGCUCACCGAUCUCGUCUCCGAUUUUUUGACAUUGGGCACCGUCUCAUGGUCCUUGAAGCCUCCGAGCGAACGAUUCCCCAACGGAUACGGAAAAGUGGAGAGCAUUGGCGCCUUGGGCGUGAGCGGGCUUCUGCUCUGCGGCGGAGUGUUUAUGGGUCUCAAUGCCGGACAGGUUUUGAUGGCGCAAUUUUACCCCGACGUGGCGGAAACACUGGCACACUCUAGUGUAUUCGGACACGGUCAUUCACACAGCCAUGGUAUCGACGUUAUGGGUCCUAGUAUCCACGCGGCUUGGUUGGCGGCCGGCUCUAUUGUUAUUAAGGAAUGGCUCUACCAUGCCACUAUGAAAGUUGCCGAGGAGCGCAAGUCGUCGGUCCUUGCCUCGAACGCUGUUCACCACCGUAUCGACUCCUUGACAAGUAUUGUGGCCCUAGUUACAAUUGGUGGAAGUUAUGUAUUCCAAGAUGCCACCUGGCUGGAUCCAGUUGGCGGACUCCUCAUCUCCCUAAUGGUCAUCAAGGCUGGUUGGGGUAACACCAUCACCUCCCUGUUGGAGCUGGCCGAUACCGCCGUGGAUGAUGAAAUCAGGACGAAUGUCCAAGACGCCGCUGCGAAGGCCUUGAAGGCCCUCGAGAGCGGUGGACAGGUGACCAUUCGCGACGUCCAAGGCUUCAAAUCUGGACAAAAUUAUUUGAUGGAAAUCGAACUGGCCGUGCCGGGGUCUUGGUCUAUCAACCAGUCUCGGGCUGUGGAGGAAGCCGUCCGCAAAACUGUCGGCGCUCGUGUUCGCGGCGUGAAGCGUCUCAAAUUCCGAUUUAUCCCUGUAGAGCAGAAGGAGCUUACUUUCUCCGAGGAGUUCAUCUCACAAGACACCGACGCAAGCCCCGAGCUCCAUGAGCACGAGGCCAAUGGUGCCGCCUCGAGCUCCCACACUCACGAAGAGCAUGACUCUCGGAAGACGCGGUAG